AUGGAACGUUAUUUAAAGAGGAAAGAACCUCUGGAAACUGAUAUUAACAAUCUCCCUGUUGAUCCUGGAAUUCGACCUUCAAUUUGGAGUUACGAUGUAAAUGAAAGAGAUAAAAUUCGGAGAGCAUAUCUGUUGAAGGGACCCCAUCAACCGAAAAGUCAUCAAUUCCCUCAAAUAGUAUUUGGCAAUCUUACACGUAGAUUUAAUCCGAAAUGGUUUGAGGAAUAUCCUGUUUGGUUAGAAUAUAGCGGGCAGAAAGAUGCUGCUUUUUUUUUGUAUUGCUACUUGUUCAAACCUCAAGAUAAAACUAUUAUGGGACAAGGUGGGGGAGACUCGUUCAUUGGAGAAGGGUUCAGAAAUUGGAAGAAGAAAGAAAAACUAUUAAGUCAUGUUAGAGAGCAUAAUAGUGCACAUAAUAAGGCUAGACACAAAUGUGAAGAUCUGAUGAAGACAAAAGAACAAAGUCUUCAUGUUCUAUGGUUGAGCAAAGAUGAGAGAAAUAGAAAAGAUUAUAAGGUUAUGUUGACUGCUACAGUUGAUUGUGUACGAUUUUUGUUGCGCCAAGGGUUAUCAUUCCGUGGGCAUGAUGAGUCUUCUGGAUCAGAGAAUCGAGGAAAUUAUUUGGAGCUAUUUGAUUUUCUUAGUAAUCAUAAUGAUGAAAUAAAGAAAGUUUCAUCUGCAUAUUCAAGCUCUAAUUUGAAGUUAACUUCACGAGAGGUCCAGAAAGAAAUUUGCUCUGCUGCAGUUGCUGAAACUUUGAUAUCAAUCAUGAAAGAUAUUGGUGACUCCUACUAUGCCAUUUUGGUAGAUGAAUCUCAUGAUGUUUCUACAAAGGAACAACUGGCUGUUGCAGUGAGAUAUGUGGAUAGUCUAGGGCAAGUUGUUGAAAGGUUUAUAGGCAUUAAGCAUGUCGCAUCGACUAAUACUGUUGCCUUAAAAGAAGCCAUGGAAGAUAUACUUGCUAAACACUCAUUGAGUAUACAUAGGAUUCGAGGUCAAGGAUAUGACGGAGCAUCUAAUUUGCGUGGAGAGUUUCAUGGUUUGAAGGCCUUAAUACUUAAUGAUAAUCCUCAUGCAUUCUAUGUUCACUAUUUUGCUCAUCAGCUUCAACUAUGUUUAGUGGCUGUAGCUAAAAAUCAUUGGCAUGCGAAGCAUCUUUUUGAGAUUACUUCAAGAAUUGUUAAUACAUUUGGAGCUUCAUGUAAGAGGAGUGAUGCUCUUAGAGCAAUUCAACAUGAUAAAAUAAUGUUUCAUUUGUCUAAAGGAGAGUUAAAGAGUGGUAGAGGUUUGAACCAAGAGACAAGCUUACAACGAGCUGGUGACACCCGUUGGGGUUCACAUUUUCAUACAUUAAUUAACUUGAAGAAAAUGUAUGCUUCAGUAAUUGAAGUUCUUGAAAUUAUCAAAGAAGAUGGGGUACAUGAUCAACAAGAUGUUGAAGCUGGUGUUCUUAUAAAUGCUAUGGAAUCUUUUGAUUUUAUACUUGCUCUACACUUAUUGAUUGAUAUUUUAGGUGUCACCAAUGAAUUAUCACAGGCCUUGCAAAGAAAAGAUCAGGAUAUAUUGAAUGCAAUGAAGUUAGUGCAAAUGUCUAAACAACAAUUACAGAUGAUAAGGGAUAAUGGAUGGAAUUCCUUAUUGGAAGAAGUAUCGCAUUUUUGUAAUGUUUUUGAAGUUGAUGUUCCUGUUAUGAGUUCUACAUUCAAAGCCCGUCGACGAUCUGCACGUAGAAAUAAUGAUGCAACAAAUUUACAUCAUUAUCGAGUGGAAUUCUUUUAUACUAUCAUUGAUAUGCAACUUCAAGAGCUGAAUAAUAGAUUCUCUGAAGCCAGUACUGAAUUGCUUCUUUGUAUGUCAUGUCUAAAUUCAAGUAACUCAUUCUCUGCUUAUAAUAAGGAGAAAUUAAUUCGGCUUGCAGAACUAUAUUCAGUCGAUUUUUCUAUUAUGGAACUUGUGGCUUUAGAGCACCAGCUAUCGACAUACAUUCUUGAUAUGAGUUCAAGCGAGGAGUUCUCAUCUUUGGAUAACAUUGCUGAUUUAGCAAAACAAUUUGUUAAGGCUAAAAAAGAUAUCGUGUACCCCUUAGUUCAUCGGCUUCUUAUUUUAGCAUUAACUUUGCUCAUUGCCACCGCUACAGUGGAGAGAGCAUUUUCAGGAAUGAAAAUUGUUAAACAUAGAUUGCGCAGUAAAAUGGGUGAUGAUUGGCUCAGCGACUGUCUAGUUCCAUAUAUUGAGAAAGAAGUAUUUGAUUUAGUUCCAAAUGAAGUUGUAAUGCAACAUUAUCAGAAGAUGCAAAAUAGAAUGCAAAGCUUGUAA